GUAAUCAACGCUUCGCUGAAACCUCCAGAUAUCUGAGAGAUUUGUGCAACAACAACAAACAUCAAGUCAGAACCAUCCGAAGAUUGAGGGGGCAAAGAUGACCGGUAGGGAUUACAGAGGGUUCCUGACGACUCACAGGACUGGUGCAAGGGAGACGGGUCGUCCAGAUGAAGCAGAUAAGCUUCUAGUCCGCAUGAAGGAAGGCCUUGGAAGCACUCGCUACACCAAGCUGGACUACGACCAGCUGAAGGCCGCUGCCCUGGAGCGGAAGAUCUCGGGCAACCGCUCCCUCCUGAAGAUGAACAAACUCAAGAGCUUCUCCAAGGCCAGCAAGGAGAACACCCUGCUCAAGCAACACCGGACAGUCUGGCAGAGGGAGCUGGGGAAGCUUGAUGGCAUUAGACAUCGACUGGAGAGGGAGCAAGAGCGGCUGAUUCUGCUGGGAACCUCGGAAGGAUCGUCCAUCACCAUGUUCAUGCUGGAGGCGGAGGAUUACAAGAUGCAGUUGGCGGAGGAGCUGGAGAAGUUCCGGAAGGCUACGGCUGAACCUAUCUGGUCACUCAAGGAUGAUCUGAAGGUCUGGUUAUCAAGGAACAGAGUGAAGCUGCAGAGUGGAGGAGAUGACGAACUGGAUGACCAACACGCUGAGGUCUGUGAGGUCAUCGAGAGUGUCAAAGGUCAACAGGAAGCCGUCAUGAAGCAACUGGAACAUGAGCAGUGGGCGCUGGAGAGUGAGCUAGAUGCUGGAUUCUUACAAGGUCUUAGUCUAGGUACAGAGAAGUGUGUGACGGAAGGGAUCCCGAUGGAGGCUGAGGUCCUGGAAUGCCCAGAUCUGGAGAUUCGGGAUGCUGUCCUACAGGAAUUCCUUACCCUUGAUGAUAAAUACAAGGAAAGACUGAGAGAUCUUGAUAGAAGGCACUCAAGCACACUAGCGAACUCUUAUGGUGGUUGGAGUCGAGAUGAUCACUUGAUCUUUGAGAGCAUAGUUGAGAUGUACCCCAGAGACAUGCAGAACAGACGUGUGCUUUACAUCGACAGACUCAGAAAACAGUUUCCGAAGAGAACAAGAGCACAACUGGUCGAACACGAGGACUGGAUGAUUACCCAUCGAUACCACACCCGCCUUAGGAACACCCUUGUCAGCUGCUGGGCCAAGGACAAGCAGGAGCUCUAUGAGAAGGCAGCGGCAAUCUUUGCAGAUGUUUGCCUCGCGGCGGAGCUCGAGUCCAUUGCAGCUAUCAAUGAACAACGACAAGAGAUGAUUAACCAACAGCUUCGGGAGAAGAUUGAGCUCUGGAGAGAGCAAAAACUUGAGGCGAUGCGGAUCGAAGCAGAACUUGAAGCAGAAAGGCUGAAGAAUGUACAGAAGGAGAUGGAAUUGGAGAAAGAGAAGGAAGAAAAGAAGAGGGCAGCAGACAAGCAGAAGAUCCAAGUAUAUAAGGAGCAACUGCAAAAGGAGCAUGAAAAAGAGGAAGCCCAGAAGCGAGAAAGACUGGCUGAACUCCGGAAGGCGAUGGAAAUACAGGCUGAACAUGACAAAGAGAGAGUUGCAUUCCGUCAACACCUGCAAGAGCUGAAGGAAGAAAGGAUGGCAGAAGAAAAGAUGAGGUUAAGGGAGGAGGAAAUAGAGAGGGAAAGAAGACUGGAGGCGCUGAGGGAACAGGUUGCAGUGCAUGUUGAGAGUGACCCAGUUCGCAUGAUGCAAGCUACCGCAGCCUCUAAGGCUCACCUGGGUAUAGGAGUAGAACAAGACAUCAACAUCCAGCAACCUUUGUUUGAAAUGAAUACAUUCAGCUCAGAUAAGGUGAUGUCAGAUCCAAGGCUGAAGCUAGAACAGGCACUGAGGAAAGCGGGUCUUCAUGAAAAUCCUUACGCAAGGCAUAUGAUCAGCACAACGAAGCCUUUGAAGGCCCCGAGGCCGGAUAUGAAGUCGAGUUUAUUCAAGGACAAAUGAUGGUGCCUCCAUAUAAUAUAGAACGAAGAUUACCACCUUGAAGUUAGAUGGCAUUUCAAAGAGCAAAUUUGACGUCGUCUCCGAAGGCUAGUAAAUGGAGCCUUUUCAGGAAUAAAUGACGGUGACAUAGAGAUAUAAGCCACCUUGAAAGUAAAUCAUUGUCGCAAAGCAUUUGAUGUCAUUUAUGCUGGAUAUUAAAUCUAUCCUUUUUCAAGGAUAAAUGAUGGCAAUACCAUACUAUAAACACAACCCACCUUGAAAUUGAUUGGUAUAUCAGUGCUGCAAAGCAUUUGAAGUCAUCUAGACUAGAUUUUAAAAUUAGCCUAUCAAGGAUAAAUGAUGGCAAUGCCAUAGAAACAACCCACCUCCAUUUUAACUCUGCCCGCUUUGUAGAGUCAAGUCACAUUCUGUUCGCAAUACACACAGAGUACAUUGUCUAUUGUUCAUACACAAUAGUGAUGUGUGCAUUGCAUUGUACUUUGUACACACCAAGCUCUUUUCUUACAUUAUUAAAACAACCAAAAGGUAUUGUGAGCUGAAUUAGCAUAGUCCAUGCUAAACCUUGAAAUUAAUGUGGCGCAGGAGUGAUUUUGUCUGUGGCGGGCAAAGAGUGAUAUGUCAGUGCCUGAAAGCAUUUGAAGGCAACAGGUCUAGAAUAGCUGAUGGUGCCAUGAUAUAAACACAGCCAACACUAUCACCUUGAAGGUGUCAAAAAUGAAAUGUCACGGCCACCAAACUUUUGAGGGUAGCAAGGCUGGAUUUGAACUCUAUUC